UAUAAAUAGAGAAAUUGGUUGUUCAUCAAAACUAAUUCUAUAGCUAUAUAUUCCUCUAUUUAAUACCAGAAUAUGAGUAUCAACCCUCUUCUUCUAUAUAAAUUGGCUUUCACUUCUCUGCUCCUUCUCUUCAACUUGUCAAAUAUCUUAGGAAUUUAUGCAAAUGUUGAAAACAAAGUUCAUAUUGUUUACAUGGGAAAAGGGCAACAUGAUGAUGCAGAACUCACAACAUCAACUCACCAUCAAAUACUUACUUCUGUCCUUGGAAGUCCUGAGGCAGCAAAAGAUUCAAUCAUCUACAGUUAUAAACAUGGUUUCUCCGGUUUCGCUGCCAAGUUAACAAAAUCUCAAGCCAAAAAGAUAGCAGAGUUACCUGAUGUGGUCCAUGUGAUUCCAAAUCACUUGUACAAGUUACACACAACAAGAAGCUGGGAUUACCUUGGUCUGUCCACAUCUUCUCCUCCAACGAACCUCCUUCAAGAAGCCAACAUGGGAGAUGGUAUCAUCAUAGGUGUCCUUGAUUCAGGAGUAUGGCCAGAAAGUGAAGCAUUCAAUGACAAAGACCUUGGGCCAAUCCCUUCAAAAUGGAAGGGCCACUGUCAGUCUAGUGCAGAUUUUGAUCCAGCUAAGGCAUGCAAUAGGAAACUAAUUGGAGCGAAAUACUUUCUGAAAGGCUUAGAAGCUGAGGUUGGACGGCCAAUAAUCAAGGAUCCUAGUUUCCUUCAGAAUGAGUUCGCGUCACCGAGGGAUGAAAAUAGUCAUGGCACACACACAUCAAGCACCGCAGGUGGCUCCUUUGCACCAAACGCAAGUUACCAUGGACUUGCUUAUGGCACAGUUAGGGGUGGCGCACCCAAGGCUCGGAUAGCUAUGUACAAGGUGUGUUGGAACUGGCCUACUUCAGGAGGAUGUGACUUUGCGGAUAUAAUAAAGGCCAUUGAUGAAGCAAUUCAUGAUGGAGUUGAUAUACUAUCACUAUCUCUUGGCACAAACACACCUCAGUACGCUGAUGUUGAUAUGCGCAGUGUUGGUUUUCCAACUUUCCAUGCUGUCAUGAAUGGAAUCACAGUUGUUUGUUCUGGAGGAAACGAUGGGCCGAUUCCCCAAACAGUAGAAGAUACAUCACCAUGGUUAAUAACUGUGGCAGCUUCUACCAUUGAUAGGUCCUUUCCCACACUCAUUACAUUAGGCAACAACCGAACUUUCGCUGGUCAAUCCCUGUAUACCGGAAAGGAGACUGGUUUUAUCAGCAUCGUACAUCCAGAGAACACUGAUUUUGAAGAUAGUCGAUAUUGUGAAACCUUAAAUACAAAUGAUACAUGGGCGGCUGGAAAAGUGGUGCUUUGCUUCCUCGUUAAAGGACAUGAGACAGAAUUAGGGACAGCUCAACUAGUUGUCCAGGCGGUUGGCGGCUUGGGAUUGAUUGUUGCUAAGAAUCCAACCAGUGCCCUAGAUUAUUAUGCUUCUGACUUCCCAGGUAUUGAAGUAAGUUCCGACAUUGGAGCUCAAUUACUCGAUUACAUUAGAUAUUCCAGGAACCCGCAAGUUAAGCUGAGUCCUACCAGAACUCAUGUUGAAAAACCUGUUUCAACACACAUUGCGUCCUUCUCAUCUCGAGGUCCCAAUUCUGUUGCCCCCGCCAUACUUAAGCCAGAUAUAACAGCUCCGGGAGUCAAUAUAUUGGCUGCUGUUCCUCCAGGAGAAACUCCUUACAGGUUUAAUUCAGGAACGUCCAUGGCAGCUCCUCACAUUUCUGGCAUUGUCGCUUUGCUCAAGUCCCUGCACCCACAUUGGUCUCCAGCUGCUAUUAAGUCUGCACUUGUCACAACAGCAUGGCAAAAGGACCCUCAUUCUGGGGAACCAAUUAUAGCUGAGGAAAAUACAGAUAAGAUUGCUGAUCCAUUUGAUUUCGGUGGUGGACUCGUGAAUGCAAAUGGCGCAAAAGAUCCUGGCCUAGUCUAUGAUAUGGAAUCCUCCGACUAUGUUUUAUAUUAUUUGUGCCCAAUGGGCUACAACACUAGUGCCAUCAAUAGCAUCAUUAACGGAUGUGUUGCCUGUCCAAUCAAAAUGCCUUCGAUUCUUGAUUUGAAUCUUCCUUCAAUAACAUUACCAAGUCUCAAGAAAACAGUUACUGUUAGCAGAACAGUGACCAACGUCGGAUCAGUGAGCUCCAAAUAUAGGGCCAUUAUUGAGCCUCCACUGGGCAUUACCAUAAAAGUAAAGCCUGAAACUUUGAUAUUCAACUCCAGCACCAAGAAAGUCUCUUUCACUCUCACCAUUUCGACCACUCACAAAUACACCACAGGCUAUUAUUUUGGGAGCUUAACUUGGACUGACAGGGUGCACCGAGUAAGAAUUCCUAUAUCUGUGAGGACCGAGUUCCUAGAACUUGUUGGUUAGAGUAAAGGAUGGAUGCAAGAGUUCUCUAAUUUAUUUCAAUGCCUUACGGGAUCCAAGUAUCAAGCAGUGGUUUCAUAAUUAGAAGCUUGGACACUUCUACAGGUGCAGCAUCCAGUACCCCUUUUGUCUACACCACACACUUCUUUUGUGUGUUUUGCAUCCUCUGAAUCAGGAUAGGACAACGUCCAAUACAUCCUGUGCUCUGUUUAAAUAGUUGAAUGCAAUCCCUCUACCUCUAGCAAAGUAUGGGUAAGGUUUGCGUACAUCUAUCCCUCCUAGACCUCACAUGUUGGAUUAUAUUGACUAUUUGUUGUCAUUGUUGUAAUUGAAUGCUGUAUAUAUUUUCAGACAAUAAAAAGGGUGAUUGAAAAUACCGCUAACAUUGAAAAA